UUGUAUACCCGGUGGGGCAGAACAAGUUGUCCUCCUUAUUCAAACAUUGUAUAUGACGGUUUGGCUGGUGGAGAAUGGUUCGACAACGCAGGUGGCGGAAGUAAUCUCUUAUGUCUACCCAACGAUCCCAUUUGGGCCAAUUAUACUACAGAACAUGAAGGUGGAAGUUGGAUUCAUGGCACUGAAUAUCAACUGGAAUACUACACAACUAACAAACUCUUUUCCUUUGCUAACGCUAAAUCGCUUCAUGAUCACAACGUUCCAUGCGCUGUCUGUUUGACACAACAACCUGCUGUUGUUAUGAUGUUACCAGCCAGGACAAAGUGUUACCCUGGUUGGACGAUUGAGUAUUCAGGAUAUUUGAUGACCGAAGGUUCUGGUAAUAAGGGCAGACAUGAAUAUGUGUGUGUGGACUAUGCACCAGAAGCUGAUCCAGCAGGUUACAAAAACAAUGGAGCUAGUUUAUAUUUCGUUCAGGCUGCUUGUGGUUCAUUGCCAUGUCCACCGUAUGUCAAUGGUCAAGAAUUAUCCUGCGUUGUGUGCAGUAAAUAUUGA